AGACGUGAGGCUUGCAGCAGGCUGAGGAGGAGGAAGAAGGGGUAGUGGGAGCAGAGGAGGUGGCUCCUGCCUCAGGGAGGCUCUGAGGGUCCCUGCCUGAAAAGGGAGAAGGGGCCAGAGCUGGGGGCAGGGGAUCUGGAAUGCAGCCCCCUUCACCGCUACUGCUGCUGCUGCUACUACUACUGAGCUUCUCAAUCAUCAAGACUAGAGGGCUGUUGUGCAGGAGUUUCCCAGAAGUCUGUGCCAAUGGAGGCACCUGCCUGACUGCAUCUCAUGGGCAAGGGGCCUGCCAGUGUGCCCCUGGCUUCCUGGGUGAGACGUGCCAGUUCCCUGAUCCUUGCCAGGAUGCUCAGAUCUGCCAGAAUGGAGGCAGCUGUCAAGUCCUGCUCCCUGCUCCCUCAAGCACCACUAGUCCACUCUCUCCCAUGGCCCCUAACUUCCUCUGCACCUGCCCUCCUGGCUUCUCUGGGGAGAGGUGCCAGACCCAGAUCAGGGACCCUUGUUUUCCCUCCUACUGUUACCAAAGGGGCCGCUGCCACAUCCAGUCUUCAGGCCGCCCACAGUGCCACUGUAUAUCUGGAUGGACUGGUGAGCGGUGCCAACUACGAGACUUCUGCUCAGCCAACCCCUGUGUCAAUGGAGGGGUAUGUCUGGCCACAUACCCCCAGAUCCAGUGCCGCUGCCCACCUGGCUUUGAGGGCCAUGCCUGCGAACACGACAUCAACGAGUGCUUCUUGGACCCAGGACUCUGCCCCAAGGGCACCUUCUGCUAUAACACCCUGGGCUCCUUCCAGUGUGUCUGCCCCACUGGGCUUGUGGGUCCUCACUGUGGGCUCCAGGCAGGACCUUGUCCCUCUAGCGAUUGUCCCAAUGGGGGGACCUGUCAACUGGUGCCAGGAGACUCCACCUUCCACAUUUGCCUCUGUCCUCCAGGUUUCACAGGCCCAGACUGUGAAGUGAAUCCAGAUGACUGUGUCGGGCACCAGUGUCAGAAUGGGGGUACUUGCCAGGAUGGGCUGAGCACCUAUACCUGCCUCUGCCCAGAGACCUGGACAGGCUGGGAUUGCUCUGAAGACGUGGAUGAGUGUGAGGCUCACGGUCCCCCUCACUGCAAAAAUGGGGGUACCUGUCAGAACUCAGCUGGCAGCUUCCACUGUGUGUGUGUAAGUGGCUGGGGAGGCACAGGCUGUGAAGAGAACCUGGACGACUGUGUCACCGCCACCUGUGCCCCAGGAUCCACCUGUAUUGACCGCGUGGGCUUCUUCUCCUGCCUCUGCCCACCUGGCCGCACAGGUCUGCUGUGUCACCUGGAAGACAUGUGUCUGAGCCAGCCAUGCCAUGAGGAAGCCCAGUGCAGCACCAACCCGCUGACAGGCUCCACCCUCUGCCUGUGUCAGCCUGGCUACUCAGGGCCCACCUGCCACCAGGACGUGGACGAGUGUCAGAUGGCCCAGCAAGGCCCCAGCCCCUGUGAACAUGGUGGCUCCUGCCUCAACACCCCCGGCUCCUUCGACUGUCUCUGUCCACCUGGCUACACCGGUUCCCGCUGUGAGGCCAAUCACAAUGCGUGCCUGUCCCAGCCCUGCCACCCGGGCAGCACCUGCCUGGAACUGUUUGCCACUUUCCACUGCCUCUGCCCACCAGGCUUGGAAGGGAAGCUCUGUGAGGUGGAGAUGGAUGACUGUGCCUCUGCUCCUUGUUUGAACCAUGCUGAGUGUCAUGAUCUGCGCAAUGGCUUCCUGUGUGUCUGCCUGCCCGGAUUCACUGGCACACAAUGUGAGGAAGACAUUGACGAGUGCAGAAGCUCUCCCUGUGUCAAUGGUGGACAGUGCCAGGACCAGACUGGAGCCUUCCAUUGCAAGUGUCUCCCAGGCUUCGAAGGCUCACGCUGUGAGACAGAAGUGGAUGAGUGUCUGAGUGACCCAUGCCCUACUGGUGCCAGCUGCCUUGAUCUCCAAGGAUCCUUCUCUUGCCUCUGCCCCUCUGAUCUCACUGGCCAGUUUUGUGAGGUCCCCCUGUGUGCCUCAAAUUUGUGCCAGAGCAAGCAAGAAUGCCAAGAUCAGGAGAACAAGGCCCACUGCCUCUGCCCUGAUGGGAGCCCUGGCUGUGCUCCUGCUGAGGACAACUGCACCUGCCAUCAUGGACACUGUCAGAGGUCCUCCUGUGUGUGUGACAUGGGCUGGACAGGGCCGGAGUGUGAGACAGAGCUGGGGGGCUGCAUCUCCAUGCCUUGUGCCCAUGGGGGAACCUGCUCCCCUAAGCCCUCUGGCUACAAUUGCACCUGCCCCACAGGUUACACAGGACCCACCUGCAGUGAGGAGGUGACAGCAUGUCACUCUGGGCCCUGUCUCAAUGGCGGCUCCUGCAGUCCCACCCCUGGGGGCUAUUCCUGCACUUGCCCCCCAAGCCACACAGGGUUUCACUGCCAGACCAAAACUGACCACUGUGCCUAUGCCCCGUGCCUCAAUGGGGGUACCUGUGUGAACAGGCCUGGCACUGCCUCCUGCCUCUGUGCCUCCGGCUUCCAGGGCCCACGCUGUGAAGGGAGGAUCCGCCCUAGCUGUGCAGACAGCCCUUGUAGGAACAAGGCAACCUGUCAAGAUAGCCCUCAGGGUCCCCACUGCAUCUGUCCCCUUGGCUACACAGGAGGCAGCUGUCAGACCCUCAUGGAUUUAUGUGCUCAGAAGCCCUGUCCACCCAAUGCCCACUGCCGCCAAACUGGACCCUCCUUUCAGUGCCUGUGCCCCCAAGGAUGGACUGGGCCUCUCUGUGACCUUCCAUUGUCUUCCUGCCAAAGGGCUGCUCUGAGCCAAGGCAUAGAUGUCUCCUCCUUGUGCCAGAAUGGAGGUCUCUGCAUCGACAGUGGCUCCUCUUAUUUCUGCCAAUGCCCCUCUGGAUUCCAAGGCAGCUUGUGCCAGAACACAGUGAACCCAUGUGAGGCCAAGCCCUGCCAGCACGGAGCCACCUGUGUGGUUCAGCCCAGUGGAUAUCUUUGCCAGUGUGUUUUAGGCUACAGCGGACAGAACUGCUCAAAGGAACCUGACGCAUGUCAGUCCCAACCCUGUCACAACCAUGGAACCUGCACUCCCAAACCUGGGGGCUUCUACUGCUCCUGCCCUCCUGGCUUUGUGGGGCUGCGCUGUGAGGGGGACGUGGAUGAGUGUCUGGACCGGCCCUGCCACCCCACAGGAACUGCAGCCUGUCAUCCUCUAGCCAAUGCCUUCUAUUGCCAGUGUCUGCCUGGACACACAGGCCAGUUGUGUGAAGUGGAGAUAGACCCCUGCCACAGCCAGCCCUGUUCCCAUGGAGGGUCCUGUGAGACCACAGCAGGACCACCCCUGGGUUUCACCUGCCACUGUCCUAUGGGUUUUGAAGGCUCCACCUGCAGCCACAAAGUCCCCUCCUGUGGUCUCCAUCACUGCCACCACAGAGGACUGUGUCUUCCCUCCCCAAAGCCUGGCCUCCCACCUCGCUGCGCUUGCCUCAAUGGUUAUGGGGGCCCAGACUGCCUCACCCCUCCUGCUCCUCGAGGCUGCGGCCCCCCAUCCCCAUGCCUACACAAUGGCAGCUGCUCAGAGAUUCCUGGGUUGGCUGGCCCAGGCUUUCGCUGUACCUGCCCUCCCAGCUCUCCAGGGCCCCAGUGUCAGAGACCAGGAGCCAAAGGAUGUGAGGGCAGAGGUGGGGAUGGGGCAUGUGACACUGGCUGUAGUGGCCCAGAAGGAAAUUGGGAUGGUGGAGACUGCUCCCUGGGGAUCCCAGACCCCUGGAAGGGCUGCCCCUCCCACUCCCGGUGCUGGCUGCUCUUCCGUGAUGGGCAGUGCCAUCCACAGUGUGACUCUGAAGAGUGUUUGUUUGAUGGCUAUGACUGUGAGACUCCUCCAGCCUGCAGCCCAGCCUACGACCAGUACUGCCGUGAUCACUUCCACAAUGGGCACUGCGAGAAAGGCUGCAACACUGCUGAGUGUGGCUGGGACGGGGGUGACUGCAGGCCUGAAGCUGGGGACUCAAAGUGGGGGCCCUCCCUGGCCCUGCUAGUGGUGCUGAGCCCCCAGGCCCUGGACCAGCAGCUGCUUGCCCUGGCCCGGGUGCUGUCCCUGAUCCUGAGGGUGGGGCUCUGGGUGAAGAAGGAUAGUGAUGGUACAGACAUGGUGUAUCCCUAUCCUGGGCCCCAAGCUGAAGAGGAGCUGAGAGGAACCCAAGAGCCUUCUCAACAAGAGACAGCAGCCCCUCCAAAACCACCCCUGGGCAAGGAGUCUGAUUCUUUCAGUACUGGGUUUGUGGUGGUGAUGGGUGUGGAUUUGUCCCACUGUGGUCCUGACGAACCUACAUCCCAAUGUCCCUGGGACCCAGGGUUCCUGCUUCGAUUCCUUGCAGCCACUGCUGCAGUUGGAGACCUGGAGCCCCUGUUGCCUGGACCCCUCCUGGCUGCCCAGUCCCGGCCAGACACUGCACUACCAGCCAACCAGCUCCCUUGGCCUGUGUUGUGCUCUCCAGUGGCUGGGGUGCUUCUCCUGGUCCUUGGGGCUCUUCUUGUUCUCCAGCUCAUUCGGCGUCGAAGGCGAGAGCAUGGAGCCCUCUGGCUGCCCCCUGGCUUCACAAGAAGAUCCCAUACUCAGAGGGCCCCCUGCCGACGCCGGCCACCCCUGGGCGAGGACAGUAUUGGCCUUAAGGCUCUGAAGUCAGAGUUAGAAAUUGAUGAAGAUGGAGUGGUGAUGUGCUCGGUUCCUGAGGAGGGAGAGGAGGUGACACAGGCUGAAGAAAUGACCCUACCUUCCAAGUGCCAGUUCUGGACUCUGAGUGGGGACUGUGGGGAGAUCCCCCAGGCAGCCAUGCUGACACCUCCCCAAGAGUCCGAGAUGGAGGCCCCUGAUGUGGACACCUGUGGACCUGAUGGUGUGACACCUUUGAUGUCAGCAGUUUGCUGUGGGGGAAUGGAGUCCAAGACCUUCCAAGGCUUAUGGCUGGGAAGCCCUGAGCCAUGGGAACCUCUCCUAGGUGAAGGGGCCAGUUCCCAGGCUCAUACUGUGGGUACUGGGGAGAGCCCCUUACACCUGGCUGCUCGAUUCUGUCGGCCAACUGCAGCCCGUCGCCUACUGGAGGCUGGAGCCAACCCUAAUCAACCAGACAGGGCAGGGCGCACCCCACUUCACACUGCUGUGGCAGCUGAUGCUCGGGAAGUCUGCCAGCUUCUGCUCCGGAGCAGAGAGACUGCUGUGAAUGCACGCGCAGAAGAUGGGACCACACCCUUAAUGCUGGCUGCCAGGCUAGCGGUAGAGGACCUGGUUGAAGAACUGAUUGCAGCUCAAGCAGAUGUUGGGGCCAGAGACAAAUGGGGAAAAACCGCGCUGCACUGGGCUGCUGCUGUGAACAACACCCGAGCCGUUCGCUCCCUUCUGCAGGCUGGAGCCGACAAAGACGUCCAAGACAGCAGGGAGCAGACGCCGCUGUUCCUAGCAGCCCGAGAAGGAGCAGUGGAGGUAGCCCAGCUGCUGCUGGGGGUGGGUGCGGCACGAGGGCUGCAAGACCAGGCCGGGUUAGCGCCCGGAGACAUCGCCCGCCAGCGCAACCACUGGGAUCUGCUCACUCUGCUCGAAGGGGCCGGACCACCCGAAGCGCGUCACAAAGUCACGCCGGGCCGCGGAGCCGGCGCAUUCUCUUGCGCGCGAACCGCGACGGGAAGCGUGCCCCAGCGCGGGGGCGGGGCUCUGCCACGCACUCGGACGCUAUCUGCAGGAGCAAGCCCUCGAGGAGGCGUGGCUUGUCCGCAAGCCCGGACUUUGUCGGUUGACUUGGCAGCGCAUGGAGGCGGGGCCUAUUCUCGCUGCAGGAGCCUGUCGGGAGGAGGAGCAGGAGGCGGCCUGACACAUCGUGGCCCUAGAUUUUCUGCAGGCAUGCGCGGGCCUCGGCCCAACCCUGCGGUAAUGCGGGGAAGAUCAGGGGUCGCGGCCCGGCACGGGGGUGGAGCCUCAGCGGCUGACUGGUCCUGUGAUUGGGUGGCUCUGGGAGGCUGUGGCCCCGCCCCGAGCACUACGAUCCCACCUCCUUGCCUUACUCCCUCUCCGGAGCGGGGAUCCCCUCAAGCUGCCUGGGUUCCGCAGUCUUUUAAUUCCGGUGACGAGGGCCAAAAAUAG